AACAAGAAAAUGACCCUUUUAUUUCUUCCUCUUCUUCUCUUAUUACAUCAUCGUCACCAGGAAUUCCAAUAACUCGUGGAAUAAUCGACAAUCAUCUCAUACAUGUCCUCAAUCAACCUGGAAAUCGCAUAGUCCAAGUACUACCAUUUAUUUAUUAUGUGAAUAAUCUUAUUAUACUCUUGCGUGAAGCAGGUUUCACUUUUGUGAUUCAACAACAGAGAUCUCAAAAUGCAUCACAUUUUCAAGUGGUUGAUCUCAUUGAUAACUCGAAAAGAGUAGUAGACUUGGAAUAA